UCGGUGCCGCAGCCUCACGCUCGGUGGGGUAGCUGAGAGAGAGAGAGGCUGGGGGGGGACUCGCCGAUCCGGUUCGUACUUCUCCAAAUGCCACCGGACACCGACAGCGGCCUCGGACCGGACGGACGGACAGUGGCGGGACUCACGGGGAACAUGGCGGCGGGAACAACAACCUGCUCGGUACCGUAGCGACGAAAAAUCAGAGGAACGACGCGGCUCGUCGAGCAUCACUUAACACAGAGGCGAUGAGGGGAACCUGAAGGCUGCAGCCCGUCUCUAAGCAACACCAACAGCAACACAGCCGCACCACACACACCAUGGGCUACAAGAGGAGCCGACAGGCGGCCCAUCCUCCGGCGGCCAUGUUGGAGGCCCACAGCCGCAUCCUGCAGAUCCCCGCGGCGGCGAUGGACAGGGUCAGCCUGCUGUGGCGUCUGAGGCGUCGGGCUCGCCGUGGAGCCAUCUGCAUGGCCUUCUUCUGCAUCUCCAUGGCUCUGCUCUACGCCAUCUGUGCUGAAAACAGCGUGCCCGUCACAGACGCCAUCUUCGGGGUUCGGGCAAGAACCCGGGCUCAGCCUCGAGCGCACUCAGUCAUCAAGGUGCUGAGAGGCGGAGCCAAGCCCAUGUACAUCGACCCCCAGAAGCUCCCGGGCGUCGUCCCAGGUGACCCACGCCGCCCCAUCCCGGUCCUCUCCUCGCCAAACAGAACCCACGAAGCCGUGGAGUCGGCGUCAAAGCGGAAGACGAGAGAUCGAGAGCCGUCGGGCUUCUUCACCCGGAUGCUGCCCCGCCCCUUCACCCGGGCACUGGAGACCCUGUUCGGAGGCCGCAGGAAGGGGGAGCUGAGCGGGAGAGGCGGCGACGCCGAGUUCUUCGGGCCUCACGGGCUCCUGGGGGAGGUCUGGGACGACGAGAUGUCCAGUAGCAUGCUGGGAAACCGACUGAGGAAGGUGGUGCAGAACUAUCAGGCGAUGAAUAAAUACGGCGUUGAGCUCUCCGGUCCCGGCGCUGUCCCCAGCAGACGCAAGCUGAGCGGCCACGAGCUUCUCUGCCAGCUGAAGGACAAGGUGGAGGUCGCCACGUUGACGCCUGAACUCCCGCCGUUCUCGUCGCUGCCGUGGGCCGCCCAGCUUCCGCCGCAGCCUCUGACGUCAGACCUGGGCCCGUACAGGAGCUGCGCCGUGGUGUCGUCUGCGGGGUCGCUCCGAAACUCUGGACUGGGCCGAGAGAUUGACUCCCAUGAGGCCGUGCUGCGCUUCAACGCCGCCCCGACCACCGGCUACGAGAAGGACGUCGGCGCCAAAACAACGAUACGCCUCAUUAACUCACAGGUGAUGGCGUCUGAUGACCAUCGCUUCCUGUCCAGCUCUCUGUACAGCUCAGGUGCUCUGGUGGCCUGGGACCCCGCCCCCUUCUCUGCUGACCUCACUCAGUGGUUCAACCGGACAGACUACCCCAUCUUCACCCAGUACCAGAGGUACAGGAGGCUCCACCCCCUGCAGCCCUUCUACAUCCUGCAUCCUCGCUUUGAGUGGCAGGUAUGGCAACGAAUACAAGACAACAUGGCCGAACCCAUCCAGAAGAACCCGCCCUCCUCCGGCCUGCUCGGCACCGUCCUGAUGAUGUCGCUGUGCGAGGUGGUGCACGUUUACGAGUUCCUGCCGUCUCGCAGGAAGACGGAGCUCUGCCAUUACUACCAACGCUUCUUCGACGCCGCAUGCACGCUUGGCGCUUACCACCCGCUGCUGUACGAGAAGAACCUGGUCAAACGGAUGAACCAGGGCGCCGACCGCGACAUCUUCAACCACGGACGAGUCACGCUGCCCGGCUUCAGCAAGCUGAACUGCAGCCAGGCUGAACGCUGAACACACACACACACACACACACACACACACACACACACACACACACACACACACACACACACACACACACACAGGAAGUGACGCAGAACGCUGCAUGAAGACUCGUAUGGAUUCAGACGCAUGAACACUUCAUACCCACUAACGACCCCUAAAGAACGCCAUGCCACUCAUUAUGUAUGAACACACACACACACACACACACACACACACACACACACACACACACACACACACUGACUCUUAAAGGACCGUUCGGCUGUUUUUAAGUUCUCAGUCACUGACGAGCGUCUUAAAGUGAACAAACGCAGUAACUGAUCAUAAAAGUCUGUAACCUUGACAACCAUCAACUGCGUUCAGUUGAAAGUCACCAGAUGACACGGUCACGUUUUAAACCGUAACACCGUAACCAUUGUUGGAUCUUUACUUCUGUAACUCAACGUCUUUGUUCACAGAUUAACGGCUAAUAAAGUUUCACGACCUUCACUCGCCGCUGAUAACCUCCGUGACCUUUAAAGGAGAUCUGUUGAUCCAGAUGCAAAUACAGACGUGUAGAAUCACGAUGUUGGCCGUCC